UUUUUUAAAAUUUUUAUGUGAGGUUAUGUUCUCCACGCGUGGUGAACGAAUUCACUAAGUGCUCGAGGCAUUUCAAUUUUUUAUUUUUUUAUCCGAAGACUUGAUUUGUGUUUCAUGUUAUGAAUAAAUAAUUAUGGUUCGAUACUUGAUAUAUCUGUCCUACAUAGGCACCCGCUACAGGGGUGCAGCUAAACAAAUUGGAGCCACUAAGCUUCUGGACAUUGACACCAUCCAAGGAGCUUUGGAAACGUGUUUACAUGCGACUGUCAUCCCCAAGAGUCUUGUGAAACCAUUGGUAUAUACGUCCAGCAGAACGGACGCUGGCGUCCACGCUAUAAAUACAACUGUUCACGUGAACCUCGACCAUCCAGCAGGCAUCAUCUACGAUACAGACACAAUAAUCCGACGAUCUAAUUUGUAUUUCGCAAGAUGUGGUCAUGAGAUUCGAUUGACAAAGAUCUUACCCGUAACUGAUGAGUUUCACGCGAGGAGAUCGGCUAAAUCUAGGGAGUAUUUUUAUCGUUUUGGGGUGGCCAAGGACUGCACAGAGAAUAGAAUACCGAUUUCUGAAUUAGGAAGGUCCUGGCACGUUCGUGGAGAAAAGAUCGACAUAGAUGCGUUGAAACGAGCGAUUCCCCUGUUUAUGGGGAAACAAAAUUUCGAGACAUUCGCAGGGAAGAAUCGCACCAACCGUACACUAAACUACGUCAGAACGCUGUCAACCCUGAAUGUGGAGGAGAUUCCCUCACUCAUGCCCCUUGAUCCCCUCUCUCAGAACUUCACCUUCUGGCAGAUAAACGUGUCUUCCAGGUCCUUUCUCUACAACCAAGUCCGGAGGAUCGUUGGUACGCUCAUUGGAAUAGCCUCUGGCACCAUCACGGAACGGGACGUAAAGGUCAUGUUACAGGUACCCAACAAUAAAAACUGGAAUCCCUCAAUUCCCAUGGCACCACCUCAAGGACUCUACCUCAAGACUGUUAAUUAUGAUGAGGAGGAGAUGCAGAAUAAGUACAUCAUUCAUCAUGAAGCAAACGUAGAGGCGCCCACGACGAAGCUGGCUAUAGUGAACUGAUUGGUGAUUUGUUCCUAGAAAAAUUGAGAACAUUUAUUCUCGUGCUUUUGGGGAUCUGAGGGAGUUAGGUUUCUCUUCGUCAAGGAGAAUCGAAGAAAGUGAUAAAUAUGUAAAAAAUAGCAGCAGUAUAAAAAACAUUAAGUAAA